UUCUUCUUCUUCUCCUCUGAUUUUCCUUAUUCGAAUUUUCCCUGAAAAUCACUCUCUCAAACUCACAUUUCUACUCAUCCCGAAAAAUGGACUCGAUCGAUUUCGACAACGUGAAAGCAGAGAAAGCGAAGGCGCUGCAUCGUUUUCACAGUCUCCGUACCAUCGGUUUCUUCUUCCGUGUGACGGAGAUCUGCGUCGCUCUUCUCUUCGUCUGUUGGAUAUUCACUUGCCUCCCUUUCGCCGUUCGAAUCUCCGGCGAUUUCCUCCGUCGUCUCGCUUGCGUCGUUUCCACUCCUCUUUUCGUCUUCGUCCUUGGAAACUCCAUCGUCGUCGCUCUUCUCACUACCAAAUCCACCGUAUUCUCCGCCGGUCGGUCAAUCUACGGCGGCGACGGCGGAGCAGAGGCGGAUAUCUACGACGCGUUCAUCAGAUCCGUAGAGAAUCGCUCCAAUUCGCCCGACCGAGAUCUAACGGAAGAGAUCAUCCUCUACGACGACAAACAGAUGAUCGCCACCACUGUAACCGAUUCAAAUUCAAAUUCGAAUUCAAAUUCCACCGUGGCGCGUGAAGAUCACGUGGCGAUCGAACCCGAGAAGGAUCCGAUUUCUGUAACUGAUUCGGUUAAGGAUUAUCCUACGAAAGUCUAUCGAAGAAGCAAAUCGGAAAUCUCUGCGAAACAGAGCCCGGAGAUGGUGACAAAACCUUCACUCCGGCGAUCGGAGACGGGAAAGUGCCGGGAAAUCGUUGAAUCGUGUGAAGAAGUUCCUUUCCCGGAGGAUAAUCUGACCAACGAAGAGUUUCAGAAAACGAUCGAAGCAUUCAUCGCAAAACAGUUAAUAUUCCGUCGCCGAGAAUCUCUCGCCGUCGUUAUCCAUAACCAGAUCUGAAAAGUAUGUACAUGACUAUGUAUAUUCCUGAGUCCGAACCAACAAACAAAGUUUUGGAAUGAGAAAAAAAAAAUCACGAGGAGGAAGGAAAAUUCAAUUUAACAAUAUUGACGAUUGAUCGAUCUCGUGUUGUUUUUGUUUGUUUUUUCCUUUCGUUGUUGGAUUAAAUAUGUAUAGCUUCUAUAAUGUUCGAAUCAAAUUUGUCGAAAGAUUCGGAUGCAUUUAGAUAUAAACAAUGCUUCUCUGUUUCUCUAUGUGAUAAUUAAAGAAAAUUAGAUAUUAUUGUAUUUGUUUCUCUUGGU